AUGCGUAGUGGUGCUUUUGUGAAGCUUGCAGGGAUAAUGAGGAGGAAUGAUUUAUUGCGAGACUCAAGACAUGUUACAGUGGAGGAGCAACUUGCUAUGACUUUGAAUAUUUUGGGGCAUAAAACUAAAAAUCGAAGUAUUAGGUCACAUUUUAUUAGAUCUGGUGAGACUGUGAGUAGGUAUUUCAACAAAGUGUUAGAAGCAAUUUGCCUCAUACGAUCACGCUUUUUAAGACAAGCACAGAAUGAAGUUCCACAGGAGAUCCUUAGCAACCCUCUAUACUAUCCUUAUUUCAAGGAUUGUAUUGGUAUGAUAGAUGGGACACAUGUUGAUGCUAUGCUACCUGCUAAUCUUCAACCACGAUUCCGUGGUCGAAAAGGUGUUACACAAAAUGUUUUAGCGGCUUGUACCCCAAACAAGUUAUUCACUUACGUAUUAGCUGGAUGGGAAGGUUCUGCAAAUGACUUUAGAGUCCUUCAAGAUGCAUUGUCUAGGCCACAACCUCAUGGUUUGAAAGUAUAUGAUGGAAAAUAUUACUUGUGUGAUGCGGGAUACACGACCAUGCCGGGUUUCAUCUCCCCAUAUCGUGGUGUUCGUUACCAUUUGAUGGAACAAAUGGGAAGAACACCUAAAAAUAGAAGGGAAUUGUUCAAUCUUAGACAUUCUUCUUUAAGGUCUAAGAUCGAAUCUACAUUUGGUUGUUUGAAGAAUCGUUUCAAAAUUCUUACCGCAAAGCCUCAUUACCCUUUCCGCGCACAAGUGGAUAUCGUAUUAGCUUGUGCAGUUCUUCACAAUUAUAUUGCAAUGGUGGACCCGGAUGAUGACAUAUUCAAUGAGACCGUUGAGAUCGAAGAUGAUGAAGGUGAUGUUGCUACGGAAGAUGAGAAUAAUAUUGUUGAUUUCUCUCAACCCCAAACUCUAAGGGAGCAAACACAAUCAAGAAUCGUAUGGAAGGAUCGUAGAGAUGAAAUAGCUUGGGCAAUGUGGGUUGAUUAUUGUGAAAAAUAUAAGGGAGGGAAUACUAAUAAAUGUGCUAAAGAUCGAAUGAAGGCGGAUAAGAGGUUCAAAAAAACCACUUAUUGUAGCGCCGCCUUUCAUAUAAAUGAAAAAUUAGGUUCAUCGUUCACCACCGAGAACGUGGAAAAUCGUAUGAAAACUAUUCAUAAUAGAUUCUUGGACAUGCAAAAAUGUCGUAACUUGAGCGGUGCCGGUUGGGAUGAUGCACAAAAGAUGAUAACUAUGGAUGAGGCUUGCUUUGAUAGAUGGCUAGAGGAUAAGAGUAUGAAUAGUUCUAAACUUAGGGAAUACAUCAACAAGCCCAUGAAACAUUAUGAAGACCUCACAAAUAUUAUAGGAGACGAUGUUGCUAGAGGAGAUUAUGCGGUAGAUGUUAUGUCACAAUUUGGUGGUAGUGAACAUUUUAGUAUUGGUGUUGAUGAUGAUGAUAUUAGUACGCCAACAGAGAAGACGCCUAGCUAUGUCUCUUUAGAUGAAAAUGAUAUUCCACUACCGAAGGUUCCAACUAUGCCACCAAAAUCCAAUUCAUCUUCUAGUUUGAACAAAGCUAAAAAUGACGUGUCAAAGACGCGUAAAGGAAAGGGGGGGGGGGGGGGGUCUAGUGAGGACAUGGUGCUUAUGCGUGAGAUAGUAAGUGAGGUAAAACAAUUCACCUCAUCUAUGCGCAUGGUGAGUAUGCAUUGGACAGAGAAGUUGGCAAAAGCUAUAUUUGCACAUGAUGAUGAAUUCGACAUAGAAAUUCUUGAUAACUUUUAUCAAGAAUUGCAUGAGAAUGAAUCACAAGCUAGGUUGUUUAUGGGGAGGCCAACUAUUAUGCAAAAGAAGAUGAUUGCUCAUCCUUUUGGAUACAUCAACAAUGGUUUACAAGUGGGGAAAGGUGAAUGGUUUCACCUCGUUGAAUUAAAGUUAAUGAGGUGUGUUCCAACAUGUCUUCAUUUCCAGCCUUUCUCAUUUUUAGAUCUCACUCAUGCAUACAUGCUCAGUUUGAGCUUGCCUUCUGAAUUUCCAGCAAAGUCCUAUGCUUUCCCAGUUGAUGCUUCAGCCUUGGUUUCAGUUGUUUCACCUCAUUCCUAUGCUUUCCCAGUUGUUGCUUCAGCCUUAGUUUCAGUUGUGUGCUUGCAUGUGAUUUCAGUUAUGUGCCAUUUUGUGGUUUCAGUGUUGUUGUUGUGUUGUGUUGGCAAGCAGUCUGAAUUUGCAGCAAAUGUUCAGUUGUGUUGCUUGGGAAAUUGA